GUAUGAUGGCUCAUGCUGAUUUCAUAGAAUUCAAGGCAUCAAGAUCUCAUUCACAAUACAAGUUGAACUCUAUUGAUUUCGAUGAUUUUGCAUACAACUUGAAUAAAACGAUAUACAAUUUUUAAAAGUCAUAAGAAGGAAAAACGAUAGAUAAAAUUUCUAAAUUUAGAAGGGCAAAGAGCUUCUUAAAUGUUAAAAAACAUGAAUAAACUAAUACUCUCUAUUAGACCUUCAGUAGGAACGCUCCUGGGUUUGAUGAAAGUGAAACAAAAGAACUUAUGGAGCUUAUUCUCUAGUUAGAAUAUUUAUUCAUUCUCUACCACAAAUUCUAUCCAGAUCAAAGUAACCCAAAUUUACUCACAUCUUAUUUAAAUUGUUUAACCUACAAUAAAGAAAGUAUAUAAUUAACUAUUUUAUAGAAUAUUUUGAUAAUUAUACCAACGACAUCUCGGAAACCCUCCAAAUGUCAAUUUUACGUAAUUCUUAAUAAAGAAUUAUUGAAGAAAAAACUGAUGAAAACCUAAUAAAAUUUUUAGUCAAUGAGAUCAAUAGAAGGAAUAAAUAUAAGAAAAAUAUGUAACUUAUCAGAAGUGAUUUAAAUAAAUUUUAAAAACUUUAACAAAAUUAUGAAAUUCAACGAAAAAAUAAAUAAUUAGAAUAUACUAAAUCAAAUAUGUUAGUGGCAUCAUUAAAAAUAAUAUUAAAAAAUGUAAAAUAUAAUAUUUAUAAAUUAGGAUUAAAAUCAUUCAAUUAAUGUUCGAUUUCCAUUAAUUGAUCAAAAUAAAUCAUUUUGUUUGGAUUUUGAGAAAUUACUGAAAUAAGGAGAUAUUCAUGAUCUAUUUAAAUAAUGGAAUAAUUACAUUGACAUAACAUCUUCUCAUUCAGAAAUAACAUUAUUAAUCUCAAUAAUAUAAGAUCUAUUUUAAGAAGAAAGUUGGAUAAUCAAAUCCAUUCUAGAAUAAGUAUAAGAUGAAUCCAUCAUCUCUACUGAUAAAAUAAUCUUAUAAAUAGGAGCUUUAACAUAAUUCUGUCCUAAAUGUUUGACUGUUAUGGAUAGAAGUCAUAAAGAAAUUGCUUAUUUGCUAUAAUCUAAACUAUAACAAUAAUUAUCGAAUCUUUAGAUUAAUGAAAAUCUAAGUAUUGAAAAAUAGGUUAUGAUUAUGUAAAACUCAUAAGAAGAAUUAGAAAAGGAAGAUUAAAGACAUAGUUUAGAGAAUGCUUUGUUAUAAUCAAAUAAUAUCAAAAUGUGUUUAAUACCUUAAGGAUUAAUGAGCUAAUUAUUCUUUAUUCAUAGAUAUUCUGAUAAUGGUAUUUAAGCAGAAGAAGAAGAUGAUGAAUAAAAUUAAAUUAAAUUUUAAGAAUAAAAAAAAGAAUAUCAAAAACAAACCCAAUUAGAAAAUAGUUAAAUAAAAUUUAAUAGAUAAUUUGUUAGAUAGGCCUCAAGAAGAACUAGUUUAAUAAGUUUUGGAUAUUCUGAAAUGUAGGCUGAAUAUUCAAAUUUUGAACCACUAAGGCAAAAAUUAACAGAUAUGAAAAUUCAUUCAACUGUGUAUAUGGAAAAUGUCGAUAGAAAGGAAUGGAAGAAGAUUUUUGAUAAAAUUAAAUAAGAGAAGAUGAAUAAUUAAGAUUUUCUAAAUAACCAAUCAAUUUCUUCAAAUUCAUCAUUUGAAAUAAAUUGUAAUGAUGAAAAAUUUUUGAAAUAAAUGAAAGUAUUCUUAUAAAAUCAAUAAAUGAGAAGAUAAUGA